AUGCUCCACCAUCUCUGCUGUCAUGCGGAUGCGGAUCAGAGACACUUGUCCUGCCGUCUGCACUUCUCAAUGGAUGACCGAGCCCCAAACAAACGUCAGAAACGACGCGCUGUGGCGUGCGAGACGUGUAACAAGCAAAAGAUCAAGUGUUCAGGCGAACUUCCCUGCGGUAAAUGCGAGACUGCUAAGAAGAGCGAUACGUGUCGCUACCCAGUCCGUGAUCGAAACGUAACUGCCCCAGAAAGCUAUCUUGAAGCAGUGGAGAGCGAACUGUCGAUACUUAAGGCAACUUCGUCGGCAAAUCCUCAAGCAGCAUCGGUCGAGCCGUCCGCCCAGCAAGGCACCACCAACCAUUCCACUGACCCGGACGUGGCAAAUCCGCUUCUCGAUAUACAAAAUGGGCUGUUCGACAGAAUGAUCGCAUCGAAGCUUGGCUACCCGUUGAGUAUCAGUGACGAGGAUAUCGAUGUGGAAAUGCCUUCCAUGGACACCCUCUAUGACCAGGAGCAGACCGAGUUUAGUGAUCCCGUGCCACUGCGGGCGCAUGUAGGCCUGGCCCGGAUUACUGGAUGUAUCUUAAGUGACAUCGACUCAAUACCCAAACAUCAGAAAGAGACCUUCCCGCGACGGGUCUAUCGUGUUCACAACGACUUAAGAAGAUGGGAUGCCGAGCUACCAGAGAGUUUACGCUUGAAAGCAGAGAUGCCUCCUCGAAAUCUCUUUACGCUACACAUGCAUUACCACUUAUGCAUUAUUCAGACGACAAGACCUAUCCUGCUCUACCUGUUCAAGACCAAAUUCCGUCCGAAUAUCGGUAGCGAACCAGUCCAGCAGCCGUUCUCGCCCCUUACUUUGGCUCUCGCCGAUGCUUGCGUUCAGUCUGCAAGAACGACAAACCAGCUACUAUCGAAGCUGUUCAUCGAGGGGAACCUGGCAGUCUUUGAUUACUUCGAUGCACACUACUUAUUUUCAUCGACCCUCAUUCUCAUCAUCUCAGCAUGCAUGAAUCCUGCAACCAGCACGUCCGAAGCUGUGGCUACUGCACUCAGCUUACUGAAGGCCAUGGCCGACAAUGGCAAUAUCUUCGCAAGGGAUUAUCUCGGAAGACUGGAGCAUAUCCGACGGCAGGUCAGCAAUGUGCGCUCGUGGGAGGAGGCAAGGCAAGACCAUAGCUUCAACGCUUUGCCGCAGGUCGACGUGCCCAUUGACCCAGCACAGUCUCUUGGUGGCGUCGGAACAACAGCGCAUCGCCACCAUGCAGCAGCUGAGACCAGUGUCGAAUCUUUACUAUCAGGGGACAACUUCCUGCACGAUGACCCGCUUGGCAAUCCGUUCAUCGAAAGCUUCCUGGCAGAAAAGGCAUUCUCUUGGCCGGAUGGCCCAUCACCAGAUCAGGAUAUCUUUAGACAGUUCGCGCAUGAGCUGGAGGAUGAGUUCGUCUUCGGGUCAUAA